AGCGUUAUACUCGGAUGAGAGAGACAAAGGGCUAAGGGACCGAUUUCUUCCAUUCCUGGCACCCCCACCCCCUCUCCCCAUACAGAUGGAGUUCGCCUGCAGUCAUGUGGUCUGUAACUGGCGACCUGAAACCAUAACAGAAGGUCUGAACUCCACAGUUCCUUGUUCUGGAAGCGAUGUUUUCAUUAGGAGCACCUCCACUAAAGAACAUCCCUACGACAACCGGAUAGCAGUCAUCCAACAACCCGUGCAUGCAUUGGUACCUCCACCUCUCCCUCCGCGUCAGCCGUCACGGAAACACUCCCGUCCCAUGUCGCUACCUCCACCUGUACCCCCUCGAGGACAAGGCAAUAAGGGUGAGAUCCGUCUGAAAGCUAACGUCAAUGUUGUGUCUCUGAGUGUGGGAAGCCUUGUGGAUAUCUACAAAGCAAGCAGUAUUAAGUGUAAUCAAAAACCAGUGCGUUGUGAGAACUGUGGUGCUAUUAUGACAUCAUCCGCAAGCAACCUACAGAAUCACCAAAAUGUAACUGUGUGGAACUGUGAGUUCUGUGAUGGGGAGAAUGUGUUUUCUCAGACUGAAACCGGAGGUCUCCGGCCUUCCCUGAGGCCCCCUACCGGUCGGGACGUGCUGUACAUCGACGAAGACUGGGACGGGGACUACGAGAACCUGGAGGACAUGUUAGUGGUCUUCUGCGUGGACAUCUCAGGCAGCAUGAGCGUAACCUCUGAGGUUGCUGCUGGCAAUAGCAUGAGGUCACCUACUUACGUGUCGAGGCUGCAGGGUGUUCAAGAUGCCCUGCAGAGGGCGCUGUCUUCGCUACUCCAAACGUCGCCUCACCGCAGAGUAGCCCUUGUCACCUUCAACGAUGAGGUGACAGUCUACGGGGACGGCACUGGGGUUCCUCUUUCCCUGAGGGACUGGGCCCUGGUUGACUACGACCACUUGCAAGCACAAGGGGAGAAAUACAAUACUCCCCACUGCAUCGCUGAAACUUUCCAGUCUCUCUCGCAAAAAGUGAAGGAACUGAGAGAACAUGGAGCUACGUCUCUGGGUCCUGCUGCACUCAUAUCUGUUGCCAUGGCGUCUAAGUUUACAGGGUCAAAGGUGAUCAUUUGUACAGAUGGUCGUGCCAAUAUCGGCCUUGGCCAAUUAGAACAAGAGAACUCUCAUGCCCCGCCCCAAUCUCCAUAUUUCUACAGCCAGUUGGCCAAUUAUGCUGCAGAGAAAGGGGUGAUAGUAUCGGUAAUGACAUUUGAAGGUGAAGACUGUAGACUGGCAGAGGUGGGCAGACUGGCAGAUCACACCGGAGGCAGGAUCAACAUUGUGAAUACCGGCACGGUCGCCACGGAGAUCCAGACUGCUUUGGCUGACAACGUCCUGGCGACGAACGUGGUAGCGACGCUGCUGGCUCCAGACGGAGUGUACUUUCCAUAUGAGGAGGAAAAUCACAAGCUGGUCCGAGAAAUAGGCAAUGUCACAGAGGGGGUGGAAGUCACUUUCCAGUUUGCAGUCAGACAGGCCAGAGUGGAGAGCUUUCAGAGGAGGGACAGAAUCCCGUUCCAGCUGCAGUUAGACUUCAGAACCAGAGACCUACAGAAGGUGACGAGGAUUAUCACUCAACAGAAACGAGUUACCACCAGCAGCUAUGUGUGGGCUGGCAGUCUGAACAUGUCUGUACUGGGGGUACACUGUGCCCAGCUGUGUGCCCGUCUCACUAUGGAAGGCAGAAUACAGGAGGCCCAGAACCAGCUCAAAGCCCAACAGGAUCUACUCAAAGACAUCAGUGAGCAGAAGCCAAGCCCUAAAGAAGAGAGUGUGUAUGGCAACUGGAUCAGUACCAUGAGUAUGAUCUGUGAAGAUCUCACUGCAGACAAGCAGAGUCUGUCGGAUCAAGCGGCUAACAUGGUGUACCAGAUGAAAAGGGCGAAAAGCAUAGGGGGGAAAAAAAGCCGCCCCGCCGCCAUGUUGGAGGGCUGA